AUGGAGCUGAGGGGGGCUUCUAUCCAAAGGGAAGAAGGGAGCAGGGUGGGGGCGGAGUUGAUGGAAGAGGAAGAAGAACAAGAAGAAGAAGUUCGUUUUGGCAGAACGCAAAAACGAAAACGAUUUGUAAAACACAUUUCUGUUCCUUUUUCAUUCCCACAAGAGACAAGAACACCAAAAAUGUUUCCGAGGAAUGUUACCAGACUGGAUGUUGUAAACACACUCAGAGAGUACAAGGCCACGUUCUGGAACUUGAAUUAUUGGGACAACGUGAGUACUUUGGGAGGGGAAGUUGACCAACCCCAAAAAACCUUCCCAAAAGCACUUCUUUCAGCUGGAAUUCUUACUUGUUUGGCCUAUGUGAUCUCUCUUAUGUCCACAACUGGGUCACUUGAAUUGAAUCAAGAGAGAUGGGAUGAUGGGUUCUUAGCAGAAGCUGCCGGCAUGAUAGCAGGUGAGUGGCUAAAAAUCUGGAUCGAAAUUGGUGUUGUAGUGUCUGCAAUUGGAGUCUUUGAAGCCCAAUUGAGCACUGGUUCGUUUCAGCUUCUGGGUAUGGCUGAGACAGGAUUCUUGCCAAGAUGCUUCUUAUGGAGAUCCAAAUGGUUUGAUACACCAUGGGUUGGGAUCUUAGUAUCAACCCUCAUCACAUAUGGAGUUUCUUUUAUGGGAUUCACCAAUAUAAUAUCAGUGGCGAAUUUCUUGUAUGGUUUAGGUAUGUUAUUAGAGUUCUCUUCUUUUAUAUGGCUUAGAUGGAAGUAUCCUUUGUUGAAGAGACCAUUUCAGGUACCAAUGGGAAUGAUAGGUUCAAUUGUGAUGUGUUUGGUUUCAACUGGGAUUUUGAUUUAUGCAAUGGCGAUUGUGAAUGAAGUGGUCUAUGUAGUGAGUGCUUCAAUGACACUUGUUGGGGUUGUUGGGUAUUUCUUCAUGAGCUUUUGCAAAUCUAAGAGGUGGCUUGAGUUCAACAAUGUUGAAGAUGAAGAUGAGCAGAUUGGAAAAGCUAGUUUGUUGCCUCAGUCAAGGCCCAAUCAUACUAAUCUGAGAAAUUGGUAACCCAAAUACU